AUGGGAAAGAGCCCAUGUAAAACUGGAAAGCCGGAAAUUAGAUACUACUUCGACAUCAAAGCUUUUAUUCCACUUGCCUUCGAAUAUACUGGAUGUGGUGGUAAUAAAAACAACUUCAAGAGUGAAGGAGAGUGCCGUAACUUUCGUGUUGGAUAUGACUACGUAGUAUGUGCUGCUGGAAGCAAGGAAUUGAAUACUGUCAAAGGUUUCAUUGGCCCAUGUUCUACUGAUGUAAAAUCUAAAAUCAUAUCUCUCAUAUUUUUCAUAUUUUCGGAAAGAUUGUGUACCAAAUGCAACAUGUAUCAACGGGGGUCUGAUCAACCAUUGCUGUGA